GCGGCGGAGAGCGACGCCGAAAAUAUCGCACCGAACCCGGAGAGAGAAGGAACGUUACUGCCUUCUAUCGCCUUUUCUUUACUCUUGCUUUGGGGAUUUUUAAACAUUUAAACACUUUAAAGGAGCUACGAUGAAAGAGCGUCGUGUUUAAAGGAGCGCCACGUCUAUAAAGGGAGACUGCAAAAAAAAAAAAGACGGAGACGGAAGAAAGGUCGGAGUUCACGCUGCUCUGAUUGAUCAGCUUCCAAUGCUUCAAGACUACAUUUCCCAUGGAGCCUUGCACCGACACAGACACUGUUCUAACAUGGAGCCACAUGUCAGGGUUUUGGACCCAAAGAGCCAGUGAGACAGAAGAGGACCUGAUAUUGUGAUAUCACCCUCCGUCUCCUCCCUCCAUCCCUCCUGCUCGUCCUCCAGCUGGAGCGCCUCCUUUGCUCCUCCACUGCUGCUGUGGACUGAAGAGUUUCACCGACGCACCGACCAGCUGACAGGAAGCUGCUGAUCUAAACCCAGAGGAGCCGGUCCAGGUCGAGUCCUGCUGCAGGAUGGCCGGUCUGUCGUUGUGUUUGGCUGUCAUGGCCUCCGCUCUCCUGCUGACCCUCAGAGCUGACGCUGCAGGUCAGAAUCCAGACCACGUCCUGCAGGGGACCGGGGUGAAACCUGAGGCUCGGCGGCCCGGAGAGGACUCCACCAUCGCUCCCGAGGACGCUGCUCGCUUCCUCAGCUGCUACUGUUCAGGACACUGUCCGGAGGACGCCACCAACAACACCUGCCAGACUAACGGUCAGUGUUUCGCCAUCAUCGAGGAGGAUGAACACGGAGAAGCCCUCCUCACCUCCGGCUGCAUGAAGUACGAAGGCUCACAUUUCCAGUGCAAG